CCCUCCACUCCCAGCCUCCCAGGACCGCCGGAGCUGCUGUCCCGCACGGAUCUGGUGCUCUGGGAAGCCGCAUCACCUGGUCGCAAGACGGUCUGAAGUCGCCUCGUGGCCCCGCGCGUCCUCCCCUCCCGAGUCCUCGCGGGACCGCGGCGGAACGCCGGUCGCCUGGUUCAGGAAGCGAGGAACGUCAGAGAGGAAGUAGAAGAUGAACAAGCCUCUGACACCAUCCACGUACGUUCGCAGCCUCAAUGUCGGAAUCAUUCGGAAGCUGUCGGAUUUUAUCGAUCCUCAGGAAGGAUGGAAGAAAUUAGCAGUGGCUAUUAAAAAGCCAUCUGGGGAUGAUAGAUACAAUCAAUUUCAUAUAAGGAGAUUCGAGGCCUUACUCCAAACUGGAAAAAGCCCCACUUGUGAGCUGCUGUUUGAUUGGGGUACCACCAACUGCACAGUCGGGGACCUUGUGGAUCUUCUGGUCCAGAUUGAACUCUUUGCCCCAGCUACUCUCCUGCUGCCGGACGCUGUUCCCCAAACUGUCAGCUGUGUACCUCCUAGAGAAGCAGCAACAGUGGCGCAGACCCAGGGGCCUUGCUGUGAAAAAGACAGCACCCCCGUAGUGCCUGUGCCGAGGCUAGAACAGAGCUGUGGGCGGCCUGACUCCUCCUGCCCCGCCCAGAAAAGUCUGGAGUUCAGCGAUACCGAUACUCGUUUUCACAGUUUUUCAUUUUAUGAACUGAAGAGUAUCACGAACAACUUUGAUGAACGGCCUGUUUCUGUCGGCGGCAGCAGAAUGGGAGAGGGAGGCUUCGGAGUGGUGUACAAAGGCUGCGUGAACAACAGGACCGUGGCGGUGAAGAAGCUCGGAGCGAUGGUUGAAAUCAGCACUGAAGAACUGAAGCAGCAGUUUGACCAAGAAAUUAAAGUAAUGGCGAAGUGUCAGCAUGAAAACCUGGUAGAGCUACUUGGCUUCUCAAGUGACAGCGAUGACCUGUGCUUAGUGUAUGCUUACAUGCCCAAUGGUUCCUUGCUAGACAGACUGUCCUGCCUGGAUGGCACUCCACCACUUUCUUGGCACAUGCGAUGCAAGAUUGCUCAGGGUGCAGCUGAUGGCAUCAGUUUUCUACACGAAAACCAUCAUAUUCAUAGAGACAUUAAAAGUGCAAAUAUCUUACUAGACAAAGACUUUACUGCCAAAAUAUCUGACUUUGGGCUCGCCCGGGCUUCUGCAAAGUUUACCCAGACAGUCAUGACCAGCCGCAUCGUGGGUACAACAGCUUAUAUGGCACCAGAAGCUUUGCGAGGAGAAAUAACACCCAAGUCUGACAUCUACAGCUUCGGUGUGGUUUUAUUAGAGCUAAUAACCGGACUCGCGGCUGUGGAUGAAAACCGUGAACCUCAGUUACUACUGGAUAUUAAAGACGAGAUUGAGGAUGAAGAGAAGACGAUUGAAGAUUACACGGAUGAGAAGAUGGAUGAUGCUGACCCCGCCUCCGUGGAAGCCAUGUACUCUGCGGCCAGCCAGUGUCUGCACGAGAAGAAAAACAAGAGGCCAGACAUUACGAAGGUUCAACAGCUGCUACAAGAGAUGUGCACUGAAAACGAAUGAAAGACUUCAUUUUUUAAAUGUGCAUCAAGUUCUGUAAGCCCUCACCCCUUCACACACACACACACACACACACACACACACACACACACACACACACUUUUUUUUUUUAACUUCUUGUGGUCCUGGAGACUGAACAAGCACUUUGGCACUGAGCUACAUCACCAGCCUGCUUUCUUUUUUUGCGUUUUUUUUUCCCCCCCCCGUAAAUGUUCUUUAACAAGGUGGCAUGGUGCAGUGCAUUGUCCUGGUGAAUUAAUAGAUGUGUUGACCCACCACAGAAGUGACAGUAGUAUGGCGGCACUCGGCCCCGCCUACUUUGUGUGGAGAGCAUUUUCCAUGACAACAUCACCAAACUACAGCAGCCACACGAUUCAGAAAAACAACCCUGCACUGUAGGGUGCAGAGACCCUAGGGUUUGGGGUUUGGAGGUUUUUUGAGGGAGUUGUUUUUUUGAGACAGUGUAGCCCUAGAUGUCCUGGAACUCACUCUCCCUGUAAACCAGGCUGGUCUCAAACUCAGAGAUCUGGGAUUAAAAGCAUGUGUCACCACCGUCCGCCCCGAGACCCUGGUUUGAAGCUCAACAGGACUCAGCUGAUCCCCUGUAAAGCUCUGGUCCAGCUCUGAGCCACCUUAAGCCUCGGUUUUGGCUUUUCUUUUUUGUUAAUGAACUCCAUGCUCCUGUAAAUACUCCUCCUAUGCUCCUGUAAGUAACCACCCACCACUGCUCCUGUAACCCUAAUUAAACUCAUUGGGUCCCCAAGGU